UUGCCCGGAAACCUCCUGCCAGCUUUGUCCGCUCAAAGUCACCUUGCCCCAAACCUUCAGCUCCUUGCUCCGGGCUCGCUCGGCAAUCAUUAAUCGGCUUCUCUGCAUUCCCGGCAUGGAAAUGCCCCAGCAGAUAACCCUGCCCUGGCAGUCCGACAUGCAGCUGGCUGGCAAGCUGGUCCUCUCCGCCGCCGCUCUGCUCCUCCUGACUUUGGCGUACAGGUUUUAUAAGUCCCGCUCGCUUGCCGGGGGCAAAAUCCCACCGGCCGGGGCGGGAGGAGAGCAGAGGGAAACCGCUGCCCGGGACGGGAGCGGGGACGGGGACGGGGAUGGGGACGGGGACGGUGCGGCGGGGCUGCGGCGGCGGAGGGCGCUCGGCCAGGAGGAGGCCGGGAGCGUCGGUGGCAAUGCGCGAGGGAGCGGCCGAGCGAGCGGCCCUGCGACGUGGGAUCGAAGUCUGCCGAGGGUUGCAAAGAUCCAGGUGGAAGAGAACUACAUUUUCGAGCAGCGGGGGAAGGACGGGGCUGGGCAGCCAGUCCCUGGCCUUAAAAGCAAAAUCUAUGACUACUGUGUCCAGUCCAUCUCCCAGUCGAUGUCAAAGAAGAGGUGUCUCCCCUACAUCCCUCUAGGAACAUCCCAGAGCCACAGCUUGGAGGAGGUCAAUGAAGAGCUGCAGAACUUUGCAAUCCAGGAUCUGGCCCCGACUCCAGCAAUGCAGGAUCCCACCACCUCGUCCAUAGUUUCACCACCUGCAGGGAGCUUGGAGAUCUCCCCUGAGCCACCAUCUCCUGGCCGCAAGGACAGCAUCCUCCGUAUUGCAGACAGCCCCCACCUCCAGCUGCCCAUGGAGGGUUUUGGGGUCACGACGCCAGCUGGCACAGCACCUGCAAGCCCCCAGCCAAGGCUGGUGGCCAGCCCUGACCUCUUCCAAAUGCCACCACCCACCCACCUGGACCUGGGGAACUGCUACGAGGUCCUCUGCAUAGCCAAGGCGCAGAAGCUCAGCUACCUCCAGGAGGCCGCCUACAAGGUGAUGAGCGACAACUACCUGCAGGUGCUGAGGACAGCCUCCAUCUAUGGCCGCCUCAAUGCCGGUGAGCGGGAACUCAUCCUGCAACGGAGGAUGAAGGGGAAGAUGUACAUGGCCGUGGCAGAUGUCAAUGUACAGGACCCUGGCCUCCAAACCAGUCGCCUCUGCUACUACGACGACAGAAGGGACUGCUGGCAUCACCUCUGCCACGUGCCGCCAGAGGUGGUCUCCCGGGGGUGUGCCAUGUGCAGCAUGUUCAAUUACCUCUUUGUGGUGGCCGGCUGUGAGGGUGUGGGCCAGACGCUGAGACCCUCCAACCGUGUCUUCUGCUAUGACCCCCUGACCAACAUCUGGAGGGAGAUCUGCCCCUUGAACCAAGCACGGCCACACUGCAAGCUUGUGGCCUUGGACGGCCACCUCUACGCCAUCGGCGGUGAGUGCCUUUACACGGUGGAGCGCUACGACCCCCGCCAGGACCGAUGGACCUUCACCGCACCCCUGCCCCAUGACACCUUUGCUGUGGCCCACACGGCCACGGUGUGCGAUGGGGAGAUCUACGUGACGGGGGGCACCUUGCGCUACGUGCUGCUGUGUUACGCCACCCGCUCGGACAGCUGGCGGGUCAGCCCGGUCAGCGGCAGCAAGGACAGAACGGCCGAGAUGGUGAGUGCCAACGGCUUCAUCUACCGCUUUGAUCUCCACCGCAGCACAGGCAUUGGUGUCUACCGAUGCGGAGCCAAGGCCAAGCUAUGGUACCAGUGUGCUGCCUACGCCUUGCCCAACCUGCCCAGCUUCCAGUGCGCCGUGGUGGGCAGCCUGGUCCACUGUGUUGGCCGGCACUUCCACAUAUGCUUCUUGGCUGACCACAUCUCACCACGCUUCGGGACCAAGGAGCUGCAGCCCUUCCCAUCACCCCGCGGCAGCCUUCUCCCAGCUGUCCUGGUGCUGCCGGAGGGAGGGAUGGCGCAAACGCAGGUUUGAAGGAUCCAUGCUGGGGUCUCGUGCCACAGUGCUUGUGGCUCAGAUGUGACAUGAUGGUGAAAGCUGGUAGAAGAAGCCACCAGCUCACAUUGGACCACAUAGCAUGGGACCAACACUACCAGGGAAAUGUUACCCACACCUGCCAUCACGCAGGCAUCACACCAGUCCCCACAAGUAAGGUUGGAGACAAAUUGCCCUUCGAUGCUGCCAGUAAACCCAGCCUUGAAGACACAAGGAAGAGCAAAGGAGGAGCUGGGUGGACUUGUUUGCUUAGAGGUAUUUAAACAUAGGCAUGCUUGCUCAGAUGCAAAUAAACCAUGGCUCGCUGCAGGCUCCCAGCUGUGCACUGCCCAGUAAGUAGCUGCUUUACACACCAGGUGUUUAAUAUUGACCUGGACACGCAACACACAGGGGAUUUUAGGGUGGAGAAACACAGCAGGGAGGUUUGAUGCCUAACGAUGUAUCACCCAAAGAUCAGCCCCAUCCACAUCAAACCAACAUUGAGCCUUCAGGCUUGACCACACACAACACCCAAGGGUUGGAGCCUGGGGGCCAGUGGGUACAUUGCGCCUACCAGUGCCUUGUUAUCUGUUACCUUAUCCUCAGCACAGAAAAAAAAAAUAUAUAUUUAUAUGCACGCAAAGUAAAUAGGCACUAUAGAUUUAUAGACAGCUGGUCUUAAAUGAAAUUAAAGCAAACAUUUGGUAAAAUUAA